CAUGUAUUCUAUGGCCAGUGUUUACGUCGUUCUGGAGUUGUGAAGUGAGCUGUGCUAGGAAGUUAAUGAUGGAAUUUUUCGAACCAUCUCUAGAAAUUGUGUGAAAUGGCAUAGGAUUAUAAUAGUCAGAGGGUUACUUUAAUAUUUACUGUAUAUAGAUAAAAUGGCGAGUCCGUCACCGCAAAGCAGCCCGAUGGCGCCUCCCCAAGCACCCAGUCCAAUGGGUCCGCCCACACAAAGUCCAGCCCCACCCCAUUCGCCACAUAGCCCUUUUCAGAGCCCAUCCCCCAUGGGUGGUCACAUUAAUGGACCACCACAUUCUGCCCCCAAUCCUACAUCGAAUCAUAUGUCUCAACCACAUACAUCCCAUCCCGGUCAUAACAACCCGGGUCAAUCUAUGCCAGGUCAUCCACCGCAGAAUCCCGGUCAACAGCCCCAUAUCCCUCAAAGUCAUCCCCCACAUAAUCAUCAGGCUCAAGGACCACACGGCCAUCAUAUGCAGGGACCGAUGCCACCAAAUGUGAACCCGAGUCAUGCAAUGGGGCCACACCCAAUUCAUGGUACUUCUCAAGCUCCAUUAGGUGGACAUCCAGGAGGGCCACAGAAUCCUCCAAUGCAUUCUCAAGGGAUGUCUGGUCAACCCUAUCCUGGACACCCCCAUGCUUCUCAUCCACAGCCGUCACAGGGUAUGCCACCUUCCCCAAAUGUCCAGCCAAACUCUUCUGUAUCCAGUAACCAUGGCGGUCCUCCACCUCAAGGCCAAGAGAAUCUCAAUGCACUCCAACGAGCUAUCGAUUCAAUGGAGGAAAAAGGCUUGCAAGAAGAUCCCAGAUAUUCUCAACUCUUAGCUAUUCGAGCUCGUAGCAAUGGAAGUAGCUCCAUUUUUACCCAGUUACAGAUGACACAGUUGAGGGCUCAAAUUAUGGCUUAUCGUUUGUUUGCAAGAAAUCAAUCUAUCAGUCCGCAAAUGGCUUUAGCUGUACAAGGUAAAAGGUCAGAUGGAACACCACAAUGUCCCACGCCACCUUCAAGUCCUUUUCAACCCCCUGGUCCUGGUCAACCUCCUAAUGCCGGACAACCUGAAACAAAUGAUACCCCAGAAUCUGGGGGUCCUCCACCAAUAAAUCGACCUCCAACAUCAAUGGGAAACCAGUCAAAUCCAUCUCCGGGUCCUCAAGGUCCCCCAGGACCGGUUACAGCUCAGCCCAGUCUAUCAGGGAAACCUCCGCAGCCAGGCAAUGUCCCAGGUCAGCAAGCGCCUCAUCCUCAAGGUAUGCGUCCCAAUAUGCCUGCUCAACCUCCCCACCAACAGCUACCCGCUAAGCAGAACCGCAUUACUUCAAUUCCUAAACCAGCAGGAUUAGAUCCGCUCAUCAUUCUUCAAGAACGGGAAAAUAGAGUGGCCGCAAGAAUCGCCGCACGCAUUGAGCAACUUAGCAAUCUUCCUACCAACAUGUCUGAAGAAUUGAGGGUUCAGGCUCAAAUCGAACUACGCGCUUUGCGAUGUCUAAAUUUCCAACGUCAGCUAAGAACCGAAAUCAUCGCAUGCACUCGACGAGACACUACCCUAGAGACGGCGGUCAACGUUAAAGCUUACAAACGUACCAAACGUCAGGGAUUACGUGAGGCUAGGGCCACUGAAAAAUUGGAGAAACAACAGAAAUUGGAAGCUGAACGUAAGCGUAGACAAAAACACCAGGAGUUCCUCACGUCUGUAUUGCAGCAUGGUAAAGAUUUCAAGGAAUUCCACAGAAAUAAUCAAGCUAAAUUGACUAGAUUGAACAAAGCAGUCAUGAAUUACCAUGCAAAUGCUGAAAGGGAACAAAAGAAAGAACAGGAGCGUAUUGAGAAAGAACGUAUGAGAAGACUUAUGGCAGAGGAUGAGGAAGGUUAUAGAAAGCUUAUUGAUCAGAAAAAAGAUAAACGUUUGGCAUUUUUACUAUCACAAACAGACGAGUAUAUCAGCAAUUUGACUGAGAUGGUGAAACAACAUAAAUUAGAACAGAAAAGGAAACAACAAGAGGAAGAAAAGAGAAAGAAGAAAAAGAAGAAAACUAUGAGAAAGGAAGGUUUGGAUAUGGAUGAUGACGGAUCUCAAGAUUCUCAGAAGCCAAUAACUGUGGUUGAAACAAACACAGGAAAGAGGCUAGUGGGAGAAGAUGCACCUACCCUGGGUCAGUUGAAUGAGUGGCUUCAGCAACAUCCAGGCUGGGAAGUUGUUGAAUCUGAUGACGAUUCUGACGAUGAUGAUGAUAGGGAUGGAAAGGGUAAAAAGGAUGAGGAUGCACCAGACGAAGAAAAAGCAAAAGAAGUUAUUAAAAAAGCUAAGGUUGAGGAUGAUGAAUAUCAUAAGAAUGCCAACGAAGAACAAACAUACUACAGUAUUGCGCAUACUGUUCAUGAAAUAGUUACUGAACAAGCUUCUAUAUUGGUUAACGGAAAACUUAAGGAGUAUCAAAUAAAGGGUCUGGAAUGGCUUGUUUCUUUGUAUAACAACAACCUCAAUGGAAUUUUAGCCGAUGAGAUGGGUCUCGGUAAAACAAUUCAAACCAUUGCACUCAUAACAUAUUUGAUGGAGAAGAAAAAGGUUAAUGGUCCUUUCCUCACCAUAGUUCCAUUAUCAACACUUUCUAAUUGGGUUUUGGAGUUUGAAAAAUGGGCCCCUUCAGUAGUUGUGGUUUCCUAUAAAGGAUCUCCUGCUGGUAGGAGGACAAUUCAGAGCCAAAUGCGCUCAACAAAGUUCAAUGUUCUACUGACAACUUAUGAGUAUGUCAUCAAAGAUAAGGGAGUUUUAGCAAAACUACCUUGGAAAUAUAUGAUUAUUGAUGAGGGACACAGAAUGAAGAAUCAUCAUUGUAAAUUAACACAAGUUUUGAACACCCACUAUUUAGCUCCACAUCGGCUACUUCUCACAGGUACACCACUCCAAAACAAAUUACCAGAAUUAUGGGCUCUACUAAAUUUCUUAUUACCAUCGAUAUUCAAAAGCUGUUCAACAUUUGAACAAUGGUUCAAUGCUCCCUUUGCAACUACCGGAGAAAAGGUUGAGUUGAAUGAAGAAGAAACUAUUUUGAUUAUUCGACGUUUACACAAAGUUCUACGGCCAUUUUUACUGAGAAGAUUGAAAAAAGAAGUCGAAUCGCAGUUACCAGAUAAAGUUGAAUAUAUCAUCAAAUGUGAUAUGUCUGGAUUGCAGAAGGUUCUCUAUCAGCAUAUGCAGAGCAAGGGUGUACUCUUGACUGACGGUUCAGAAAGGGGAAAUAAGGGUAGAGGAGGGGCGAAGGCCCUAAUGAAUACCAUUGUCCAAUUGAGGAAACUUUGUAAUCACCCAUUCAUGUUCCCUCAUAUUGAAGAGAAAUAUUGUGACCAUGUUGGAAUAGCGGGUGGCAUGAUUUCAGGUCCUGACAUUUACCGUUCUUCUGGAAAAUUCGAAUUACUCGAUCGUAUAUUGCCGAAAUUGAAAGCAACCGGACAUAGAGUAUUACUUUUUUGUCAGAUGACUCAAUUAAUGAGUAUAAUGGAGGACUAUCUGAAUUGGAGGGGUUUUGGGUAUUUACGAUUAGAUGGUACAACAAAGGCUGAGGACAGAGGGGAUCUUUUGAAGAAGUUCAAUGCCAAAAACAGCGACUACUUUCUCUUUUUGUUAUCAACAAGAGCUGGAGGUUUGGGAUUGAAUUUACAGAGUGCAGAUACGGUCAUUAUCUUCGACUCCGAUUGGAAUCCUCAUCAGGAUUUGCAAGCACAAGAUCGUGCCCAUCGUAUAGGACAACAGAAUGAGGUUAGAGUUUUGAGGUUGAUGACAGUCAAUUCUGUAGAAGAGAGAAUAUUGGCAGCUGCUAGAUAUAAAUUGAAUAUGGAUGAAAAAGUUAUUCAAGCUGGUAUGUUCGAUCAAAAAUCAACAGGUUCGGAGCGGCAACAAUUUCUGCAGAGCAUUUUACAUCAGGAUGGCGAUGAUGAAGAAGAAGAAAAUGAAGUUCCGGAUGAUGAAGCCGUGAAUCAAAUGGUUGCCAGGACGGAAACUGAAUUCGAACUAUUCCAAAAAAUGGAUCUGGAAAGAAGAAGAGAGGAGGCAAAACUAGGAUCCAACCGUAAACCUCGACUGUUGGAAGUUAAUGAGCUUCCGGAUUGGUUGGUGAAGGAAGAGGAUGAAGUCGAUCCUUGGAAUUAUGAGGAUGCUGAGAGCCUCCUGGGAAGAGGUAGUAGGCAAAGGAAAGAAGUUGAUUACACUGAUAGCUUGACUGAGAAAGAGUGGUUGAAGGCCAUCGAUGAAGGUGGUGAUUAUGAUGAUGAAGAAGAGGAGGAAGAAAAAGCUAAGAAAAAGAGAGGAAGGAAAAGAAAGAAGAAAGAUGAUUCUGAUGUAGAAAUUGGAACAAGUUCGAAAAAACGUAGUAAAUUGUCUGCUACAGAUAUGAAAUUGAAAAAGCAGAUGAAAAAGCUCAUGAGUAUUGUCACUAAAUACACAGACAGCGAUGGGAGACUGCUCAGUGAACCAUUCAUGAAAUUGCCACCAAAGAAGGAUUAUCCUGAUUAUUACGAAGUUAUUAAGAAACCAUUGGAUAUCAAUAAAAUACUGAAUCGUAUAGAGGACGGAAAGUAUUCUGACAUGGCAGAUUUAGAAAGAGAUUUUAUGCUCCUUUGUCAAAAUGCACAAAUAUAUAACGAGGAGGCAUCGUUGAUUCAUGAAGAUAGUAUAGUCUUGCAAUCGGUAUUUACAAAUGCCAAGCAGAGACUCGAGACUGAUGCAGAAUCAGAUAACGAUGAUGAUAAGGAAAGCAGCACUAAAUCCGACAAUGAAUCAACUGUGAAAAUGAAACUAAAAAUUAAAAAAGAGAAAAAGCAGCCAGGAAGGAAAAAGAAGAAUACAAGAAAAUAUAUAUCAGAUGACGAUGAUGAAGACGAUGAUUGAAUAUAUUAUUUAAAUAAUUACUUAGAUUUACAUUAUUAAGAUUAUCUUAGAAAGUAUUUGUGUAUAUGAUUGAAUAAUCAGAAAUAAAAUUCAGUUCGUUGAGAAA